AUGAGCACAACCAAGGACGACAGUGGCCUAUCGCGCCAAGUGACCGCGGUGGGGACGCUUGGUGACGUUGGAGCCGCCUACGCCGUGUACGAGAAGAACUGGAUUUGUGCCGACUGCAGUCACGAAAACUACGCGAGGCGCCAGCGCUGCUUCCGCUGUCGCGCACCCAAAGUGGAGCGAUUCGACGCUUUGGUGGUGGACAGUCAGGGGGGUGCACACACGUGGCGUGAGGCGCUAGACCCGGCAUCCAACAAAAUUUACUACUACAAUACGGAGACUAACGCGACGCAAUGGGAGCGCCCGGCAGAGAUGGGCGCCGCGCCGCACUCCACAGGCUGGUUCGGGCGUGGCAAAGCCGGCGUGUCGGAGGGGGACCGCUACGAACAGCUCAACGCCAAAUUCAUGUCCCGCCCGGCUCGCAAACAGCUGGACGCAAUGCCCACAGCCAAUUCGCAGCUCGAGGGGGCCUAUGAGUACAAUAUCUGGUACGAUAAGUACAUUGGUGACCACUGGGAUGAUGCGCGCGGCAAGGACCCGGCCACGACGCGCUGCGACCUCGAGCGCGACGCUGGAAAGACCAAAGCGGACAUCGUGAGCAAGGCCAACAGAUACUUCUGUGUGCACUUCGCACGUGGAAUGUGUGCCAGAGGAGCAGAGUGCAGCUACUACCACCGUCUGCCGUCUGCGGCUGACGAGACGCGCAUCGGCAUGAUGCACGACUGCUUCGGACGGGAACGCCACGCUACGGAUCGAGAUGAUAUGGCUGGAGUGGGUAACUUUACUAGAAACUCGCGAACGCUCUACGUUGGAGGCCUGAAGACUACCAGUGGACAGGAAGCUCUGAAGCAACAAGAGGAGGCGCUCUGGAAACAGUUUGGCGAGUGGGGUGAAGUGGAGAACAUCAAUGUGAUCAACCGCAAAUCAAUCUGCUUUGUGCGAUACCGCCAUCGCACGAGUGCAGAAUUUGCCAAGGAGGCGAUGGCUAACCAGUCGCUACAGAGCGAUGAGGUGCUCAAUGUUCGUUGGGCAUUUGACGAUCCUAAUCCUGUGGCCAAACAGGCGGCAGAACGUUCGGAUCGUGACGCUAUUGUCGCUAUGAUGAAGGCUAAAGGCGCAAGCACGACCGAGGAUGCAGCGUUCGAUUACCCAGAGCACUACCAGAUGCCGGCGACAAAGCGACAGCGGAUUGAAGGUGAUACGGUGGCGUCGUAUCCCGACACGGACACGCAGUUCAAUGGAAAAUCCACCGAUCCUACUGAAGAGGAGUUGAUAGCACAGUUGAGCUACGCCGACCCUAGCGGCCAAGGUCCAGCGGAGCCAGAAGGAGAGGAAAACGAAGACAAGUAA